AUGGCGGGCUUCGAUCCGGCGGCGCUGCCCGAGCUGCUCCCGGUCUACUACCGGCGGCUCUUCCCGCACGGCCCCUACGGCCGCUGGCUCAGCUACGGCGGCGUGAAGAACUACUUCCAGCUGCGGGAAUUCUCCUUCACCCUGCGGGACGAUGUCUACCUGCGCUUCCAGUCCUUCAGCAGCCCCCAGGAGCUGGAGCGGGAACUGCAGAAGAUCAACCCCUACAAAAUCGACAUCGGGGCCGUCUAUUCCCACCGGCCCAACCAGCACAACACGGUGCACCUGGGAGCCUUCCAGCCGCAGGAGAAGGAGCUGGUGUUUGACAUUGACAUGACGGAUUACGAUGAUGUCAGGACGUGCUGCAGCUCGGCUGAUAUCUGCUCCAAGUGCUGGACGCUGAUGACCAUCGCCGUCCGCAUCAUCGACCGCGCGCUCGUGGAGGACCUGGGCGUGCGGCACCGCCUGUGGGUGUACUCUGGCAGGAGGGGUGUGCACUGCUGGGUGUGCGACGACAACGUCAGGAAAUGGUCCCCAGCCCUGAGGGCAGCUGCUGUGGAGUACCUGAGCCUGGUCAAGGGUGGUGCAGACACGGUGAAGAAGGUGAGCCUCUCCCAGCCCGUGCAUCCCUUCAUCAGGCGCUCGGUGGCCGUGGUGCAGGAAUACUUUGAGCAGCACGCGCUGCUGGGCCAGGACAUCCUGGGCAGCCCCGAGAGGUGGGACAAGGUGCUGGCCCUGCUCCCCGAGGAGCUGCGGGAGCCGCUGCAGGCGGAGUUCCCCCGCAGGAAGGACUCGGUGCAGCGCUGGGAGCUGCUGCGGGCCCGCGCCGAGCGGGAGCGGGAGCGGGGCCGGGCCGGGCACCCCGAGUGGGAGGUGAUGCUGCAGCUCUGCUUCCCCCGCCUGGACUGCAACGUCAGCAAAGGGCUCGGCCACCUGCUCAAGAGCCCCUUCAGCGUGCACCCCAAAACAGGGCGCAUUUCAGUCCCUCUGGACCUGCAGAAGUUGGAUGAGUUUGAUCCAUUCUCCGUCCCCACCAUCACGUCUCUGUGCCAGGAGCUGGACGCGGCCGGCAGCGAUGGCGAGCAGGAUGGGGAGGGGGACACCGAGCCCAAGCGGCGCAUGAGGGACUACAGGAGGACCAGCCUGGCCCCGUUUGUGAGGCUCCUGGAGCAGUUCGUGGAGGGGCUGGAGAGCGCCCGGCGGGGAGAGCGCAUCCGCCGCAGCGAUCUCCAAGGAGAUUUCUGAGGCCUGGACGCUGCCAGUGUUGUCACUGUCACCUCCCCUGGCCAUGGGGGUCCCGUGGAGCAGCCAAACCCCCCAGGCCCCCUGUCCCUGCCCUGUUUUUGUACCUUUUGUACCUUUUUUUUUACACAAAAACCAUUAAAUGUUUCUGUCAGCUUUG